AGCUUGUGCUGGCGACGUCACUUUUCUUCCCUAGCAACUUUUUCUCAACAACGCGUCUCUUCAUACUACAAUAUCAAACUGCUAUUGCGACUUCUCCAAUAUGGCCACCGGGGUAGAUGCGCGACUCUUGAAGUCGACCAGAUUCCCCCCCGAGUUUAGCCAGAAGGUUGACAUGCAAAAGGUUAAUUUGCAAGUCAUGAAGAAAUGGAUCGCCAGCAAAAUCUCCGAUAUCCUGGGAAGCGAAGAUGACGUGGUUAUCGAACUCGUCUUCAAUCUCAUCGAAGGACCGCGAUACCCGGAUAUCAAGUCACUGCAAAUACAACUAACAGGGUUUCUCGACAAGGACACGGCUGUGUUCUGCAAAGACCUGUGGAAGUUAUUGCUGAGUGCACAAAGUAGUCCCCAAGGCGUCCCUAAGGAGCUCCUCGAGGCCAAGAAGCUGGAGCUCAUCCAAGAGAAGAUUGAGGCCGACCGCGCUGCAGAAACUGCUAAGCAGAGACGAGACGACUGGGAUCGCCGCGACCGUGAAGUAGCCGAUCUGAAAGACCGCGACCGCCGCGACCGGGUUGCUGCUCGUGGAGAUACCUGGCAAGGGCGCCGAGGUGACCGUGAUUUCGAAAACCGGGGCAGAGGGGGUUUCAGGAGGGGAGGUCGUCGAUCAAGAUCACCUGGCCCUCGCUUCCGUGAUACCAGGGACUCAUAUGCGCGUGAUAGUUACAUUCCACGAGGAAGACGUGGCAGUGGACGCGCCGACCAAGGCCGCCGAAAAUCGCCCCCUCGAUCACGUUCGGAAUCGGCAUCUCCCAGGCCGAGUUCAAGAAGUCGCAGCGCUUCCCGAAGCACUGAUCAAUCGAAUCAACGACGAAGACCUGUAUCCCCUGGGGAACAAGCUGACACACGCAAGAGGUCGCGAUCACCCAGAGGAGAUACAUAUCGGGGUCGGGCAAACAAACGUACCGGGAGAGGUCGGCCAGCUCGUCCAUCUCGAUCUUUGUCUUCGGAGCGAAAUUCUCCUGCACCAAAGCGCAGACGUUACUCUUCAUCAAGGAGCCGCUCUCUAACUCGUCGAAGACGACCGGCUAGAGACAUUUCCUCAUCACGAUCUGAACGGACAUCGGAUUCCCGUAGUCGGAGCCGAAGUCACAGUUAUAGUCGCAGUCGCAGCCGUUCCAGCAGCGCGUCACCGGACCGCAGGACCAAAAGACGACGGGAUCAUGGACGUGGUGGUCAACAGCCCUCUAGGAAGAGAGAUUCGCCCAAGGGUAGACGGCGAAAUAGUUCUUCAGCUUCUUCACGAUCAAGGAUUCAAGAAAAUUCAGCUGAUCUUUCUGAAGAUGAAUCUCGUGCCCUGCCGAUCAAACCCGAGGCAGAGGUUCCGACCGAAUGAAGUAUCUGAGAUUUGACCUUGCUGCUUGCAGCGCCUGCGUCACCAAGACGAGGAUAAGAGUGAACGAGGUUGUCUUCUUUUGGGGACACCUAAGCUAACAAUUUCUUGAAGCCCAUUUUGAACCAUGAGCAUAAAAACCAUGCUUACAGUUACUGACUUUACGGCGUUGGAAAACGGGAGCCUAUACGGAGUAGAAAAGCUUUCUUUGUAGGAUAUUGAGAGGACCAAAAACACACAUAAUUAUCAAAUAAAUUGAAGCUUUCGUCAAGUUGGAGCACAUACAAACAGCAAAUGAAAGCGUUUAAUCUGGACCAUAUCGGAGACAGGAGAGCGGAGUGCUUCCAAACUCCUGCCUUAGAGAUAUAAUCUGGGUAUCGAGCUCCACCACCACAGAAC